GGAAAACGGGGAAAGGCAGAUACAACAGAAACGGGGGGAGGACGGCGGAUGAUUUACGCUUUAAAAGUUGCCUUACAACAAACUAAAGAGUUGCGGGCGAAGAGGAAUAAAACAAGAUGAUAACGCCCUACUUUCUAGAGAAUUUCUGGGGUGACAAAAAUAAUGGCUUUGACGUGCUCUACCAUAACAUGAAGCAUGGCCAAAUAUCCUCCAAGGAGCUGACAGACUUCAUUAGAGAAAGGAGUACCAUUGAGGAGGCCUAUGCCAGGUCUAUGACAAAACUUGCCAAAUCAGCCGGCAAUUUUUCUCAGCUCGGGACUUUUGCUCCGGUGUGGGAUGUGUUCAAGACCUCCACAGAGAAGCUGGCCAGCUGUCACCUGGAGCUAGUGAGGAAACUACAGGAACUUAUAAAAGAGGUUCAGAAGUAUGUGGAAGAGCAGGCCAAAGCACACAAAAAGACAAAAGAAGAGGUGGCGUCCACCCUGGAGGCCGUUCAGAACAUCCAGACCACAUCGCAGGCUCUGCAGAAGUCCAAGGAGAUCUACAAUGCCAAAACUGUGGAGCAAGAGCGCCUCCGCAAAGAGGGGGCCACCCAGAGAGAUGUGGACAAGGCUGGAGUGAAAGCCAAAAAAGCCACAGAGACUUACAAGUCGUAUGUGGAGAAAUACGCCGCAGCCAAGUCGGAGUUUGAACAGAAGAUGGCAGAAACAGCACAGAAAUUCCAAGACAUUGAAGAAAACCACAUCCUUCACAUGAAGGAGAUCAUUCAGUCAUACUCGCAGUCCGUCGACGAAACACACAUUCAAAUAGGAGAGGUCCACAAUGAAUUUGUGAGGAACAUCGAGAACACUUCGGUGGAGAGUUUAAUACACAAACUGGCUGAGUGCAAAGGAACGGGCAAGGAGAGACCAGGACCCAUUGAGUUUGAGGAGUGCAACACAGCUAUUGCAACUGAAGGUGCCAAACCAAGAAAGAGAAAACCAUUUGGCAUCCCUGGUCGUAGGAAAGACAAGGACACAGACUCCACGGAGUCGACAGAAGUCGAAGCUGCUAACACUGCCAAUGGUGCUCCCCCUGGAUAUUAUGGGGCCAUAGACAUCCAGAAUGCUGUAAGCAAGCCGAAUGUUCCCCAGGUUGAUGCAGAGGGCUUCUGUAUCAGACCGGAAGCAAAUGAAAACGAUGCCAAAGAGAAUUCCUUCUAUUCGUCCAGCGACUCAGAGGACGAAGACGAGCCCAAGAAGUUCCACGUAGAAAUCAAGCCCGUUCAGCCAAACAACGGCACGCACCAGAACCGAGCCACCAUCGACGAGCUUAAAAUCUCCAUCGGAAACAUCAUCCUGUCGCCCUCCACCUCGGGACAGAUGCGGAGGAACCAGUCCAGAGUAUCUGCAUUAAGCCCUAAGGCUCAGGGUCCUGGUGAUGAGCUGGGAAAACCCAGAGUGCCAACAUCAUACGAACUGACAAACAAUGACCUUCUGUCUCUGGACCCGUUCGGCCCGACUCUCGCAGCAGGCUCCUCUUCCUCUGUGUCUUCAUCAACAGUGCCAGUACCAAACCGACCGACGACUCCCCUGACAGCUGGAGCCCUGGUGCCCCCGCCACGACCCUCCUCCAGGCCCAAACUCCCCACAGGAAAACUCACAGGGAUCAAUGAGAUUGUACGGCCGUUCAGCCCACCCAAGACCUCGAAUGCCAGCCCUCCUCCUGCUGCACCCCUCGCCCGGGCCGAGAGCUCCUCCUCCCUAUCCUCGAACGCCUCACUCAGUGCCGGCAACACCCCCACUGUCGGAGCUGAGCACACCUUUGCCCUCCCCCUCUCCUCCCCAGAGCCAGAGCUGCUCUCCCUCUCUCCUUUCUUUCUACUAAGCCAAAGGACGUCUCGCGGCCCCAGCCCUGUGACCCUGGCAUCCCAAGAUGCUUUGCCCAUUGCCGUGGCCUUUACAGAAUCGGUUAAUGCUUACUUCAAAGGAGCUGAUCCCACUAAGUGCAUUGUGAAGAUCACAGGAGACAUGACCCUGUCGUUCCCCAUGGGCAUCAUCAAAGUGUUCACCACUAACCCCUCCCCGGCCGUGCUCACCUUCAAACUGAAGAACACCAGCAGGUUGGAGCAGAUCCUGCCCAACCAACAGCUUCUGUACAGUGAUCCUUCCCAAAGUGACUCAAAUUCCAAGGACUUCUGGUUCAACAUGCAAGCGCUGACGUCCUACCUCAGAAAAGCCUCAGAUCAGAAUCCUACAGCUUCCUAUUAUAAUGUGGACAUCCUAAAAUACCAGGUUCAGUCUGACGGGAUCCAUUCCACCCCUCUCAACCUGGCCGUGUACUGGAAGUGCACACCGAGCACAUCAGACCUGCGGGUAGACUACCGCUACAACCCGGAGUCCAUGGCCGCCCCUGGUCCGCUCACCAACGUGCAGAUCUUAGUGCCCGUGGACGGAGGAGUCACCAACAUGCAGUCUCUGCCCAACUCCAUCUGGAAUUCAGAGCAGAAUAAGUGUCUGUGGAAGCUGACUGACAUCUCAGAAAAGUCCGAAAAUGAAGGCGCCGGGUCCCUGAGGGCCAAGUUUGAGCUGUCAGAUGGCCCGUCGAACCCGUCCACUUUAGCAGUGCAGUUUAUGAACGAGGGCAGCACCCUGUCAGGAGUGGACAUGGAGCUGCAGGGUUCUGGAUACAGACUUUCUCUCAACAAGAAGAGAUUUGCCACAGGACGUUACAUGGCAGAUUGCUGAGGCGACCCACCACUCUGGUUCUCAAGAAAAAAAAAAUCUUGUUUGACACAAAAGUUGGCAACUUUUCAAAGCUUCCUGAACCUCUGGAUCCAUCUGAGCUUUUGCCCGGGAGGCGAGAAUCUCACUACAAUAAAACAGCACUGAGUAUUGAACACUGUUUAAAAAAAAAGAGAAAAAGAUUAAAAGAAAGAUGAGCUUUCAGGAAAUGUGUAGAUAUGAAGUCUAAUAAUGCUUUCUGAUCAAUUCACUUUUGUAUAGUCAGAAACAAUUUAUGGAUUAGAUAUAAAUCUAUAUUGUAUUUGAAAUCAUAAAAGAAAAAGUGCACUAACAAUCUUUCAGAUGCUCUUCUUCCUCUUAUAUUCAUUUUCCAAGAGCCUUUAAGGAUUAUAAAACAAAACCGUGUGGAAGAGCAGAGAAUCUUUUCUCCGUCUGAACUGUAAAUAUUAACACUGAUUACGUUGCUCAACCAGCUCUGACUCAAUGCUCAAAUCAGUUUUGUUUACUGAUCUUUCUUUUUUCUUCCUCAUGAUUUGUCUUUUUUUCAUCACGUGCAAUGAAACAAUGAAGGUAAAAUCUGUCUUACUCACACACGUAUGGCACAAGCUUCUCUUGAAGUGCUUUCACACAAAUGCAAAAAAAAAAUCUGACCUCAGUGCCUCCUCUUUUACUGUGGAUCAAUAGGCAACAAUGUUUUACCCAAAUUUGGGGUUUUCCAGAUUUAAGCUACACUUCUCUGUGGUUAAAAUGCAGAGUUUUUUAAUCAAUCUGUGAUCAUUGUGGUCUUUUUAGAUUUUUCUCAUUUGUAAAUCCCCCUUUCAGUCACGGCUUGCAUUUUUUUUGCAUUCUUUUUACAUUUUUAGGCCUUAAUUUUUAUACUGAAAAAAAAAAAUCUUGACUGUAAAACAAAAAAUGUUAGAAGCACGGAGCUUUUAAAAUGCCCUAUUAAUAGAGAAAUGUGCCUGAAUCUAACUUUUCUCUAAUAAUAUUUUUUGUAUACGACAGCACAGUCGAUAGCACCAACAAUGUGCCAGUUGUGUUUUUUACUCCUUUUAUUUGGAUGUUGAAGGGAAAAUGUCUCCUCUUUUUACAACCUGACUGUCUUCCAGAAAUCAUGUUUGCCUUCUGUGAUUGAGUUUGAUCACCAAACUCUUUUUAUAUCUCGUCUUUUUUCUAUCAGACGCUCAUCAUUUUCACCUCUCACUGUGCAGUAGACGAUGUAAGUCAGAAAUAGCACAAUAAGGCCAAAUUAACGACGGAAAUGCCUUAUCACAAAAACUCAACACUGAGUAAUCCGGUGUUGUUCGAUAUUGUCACACAGUACUGCCAUUGCCCUGUGAUAGAUCACUGACCUGUCCUGCCUCUCACCCAGUGCAUGCUGGGAUAAGCCUCUUACAACUAUAAACAGCACAAGCAGGUAUAGAAAAUGGAUGUCUGGAUGGAAAAUUGCCACGUUUUGACUCUUGGUGCUUUGUUCUUGUCUUUUACUAAAGAAGGCUGCUGCUGCUGCUGCUGUAGUCGAGGCUGUUGUACUUCUCCAUGGAGUUUUUUUAUGUUCUUCAUUGACCUCAACCUGUAAUGAUCCUUAAAGCAACUACAAGGAACUUUAAUUUUGUGUUGAUUCUGGCACCCCCUGUGGACAGAAGUGGUCUUGUUUCCUUACAACCACUGUUUGUGUUGUAAAGAUCUUGAUCUGGCUAGCAAGUGCAUUUAUUUUGGAUGCAUGUGAAAGAAAGAUGCAAUUAUUUUAAUACCAUUUUUCUUUUUUAAAACAACUGUUUGCAGAAUGCAUAGCGAUGAGGGAAUGUAUCUGUUUGGGCCUUUGCAAGAUUAAUAACUGUAAUAUGAGGAUGGUGAAACAAAGUCAAAUUUGUUUUACAUUAAUUCUGAUGUAAAACUGCAUCUUGCUAUGUAUUUAAAAAAUAAAAUAGGCAUAUUACAUACCUGUUGAGGAGGAAGAGCUAAUUCAAGAUCAGUUUUGAAUUAUUUUACAUCUCACAAUUUUGCCCGUGGUCUAUGACUUGCCAUGUUUCCAUCAAUGAAUUUCUUUGCACAUUUUGACGAUUUGCAUGAGAAAAGCAAAGAUUGAAACAUGAAAACUAAAAUAAAACCCCCCAAAUCUGCAUAGAAGUUUCUAUGCUCGCUUGAGGUGGUUUUUGCCCUAUCGAAAAAUACUUACUGUGCUAAACAGAGAUGGAAACACUUUUUCCAAAUAAAUUUUGAUGUAGCGAACAUUAUAAUUUGCCCAAUUGAAUCCAAUUUCUUAAGACUUCUUUCCAUUUUCUCUUGUGGGUUGCCAAAGUUUUCCAAACAGCAACAUUUUUUACAGCAACACAUUACACUGCCAUCUUCUGACAAAAUAUGUUAAUGCAGCUUUGUUUAUUCGCUCUAAACCAGUUGAUGGAAACGUCUCAAUUUAGCAUUUUCUCUAAUGCAACAUUUCAAAAUUUUGUUUUAAAAUUUGCUUUGACUUUAACGGAAACGCGGCUAUUGUUGCUUUUUUCCUUCUUUCAUCAGUUCUUUUCAUUAUCUCUUUGCAUAUCCUGCCCUAGUAUCGAUCUUUUUACCACAAAAUAUAACAUCAAAAAUACAAUUCUCUAAAGAAAAAUCUCCUCCUGCUGGUUUUUAACUGUCUGAAGUAAGACUCGCUGCCAAGGCUUGCCUGGAAAAAUGCAAACAUAGGCUCUGCGUGCCGUAAAUAUUUUUGUCCGGUUCUGCAGUGAGUUUUUAAAUUGAAUUAGCUAAUUUUCUCGCUGAUGGUCUUAUUGGUUAAUGUCGGUCCUAUAGAGGCAUCAGUGUUAAAUUUAAACCAGUUUAAAUAUCCUUGAAGUUGCUUUAAUUUGAUCAACUGGCUGUAUGUGCUGUGUCUGGAGAUGUGCUUAGUUGCCUGGAAGCUGUGAUUGAAAACUGAUGAAACUCUUUAUAGCAGGAGUUUCAUACACUGUGCAUCAUGUGGCCAACUGACCUCUCAGAUAAGAAAAUAACUUUUCACAUCUGGCUUAUUUUUUAUUGUCCGCUGUGCUGUAGAAAACGGCUCAUUGUAGUUUUUAACUGCAGGUGAUUUAAAACUCAUAUCCAAACUUGACUCACAUCAUCCAUCAUAUCUGGCCAAGGUGAUUGUCACCAGUUUUUAAUGUUUUUAAUGUUUUGUAAGAAUCUGGUUCAAGUCGCAAGCCUUUGAUAAUAUCCAGAGGCAGACAUUAAUCUUAAAUGGAUGAUUUGAA